AUUUUUGCAAGGUUUUGGAUACAGAGUAUGACCCUAGCUGUCACCCAAAAUGAUUCAUCUGCAAGGUUAAUUUGAAUGCCGAAGAUUGAAUUCUCAACACACUGGGAUGUCUCAUGGAUAUAUCUAAUCAGUUUAUUGUCCCAAUCAUUGCAUUCUUCACAACAACAUUCUGUUUAAAGUUUGUUUUUAGAAACGAUGGGCUCUGUGUGGAAGAGGCUGCAGCGGGUCAAUAAGCGCGCCGCCAAGUUCCAAUUCACUGUCUCCUACCAUCAGCUUGCUGUGGAAUUCACACCUAAAUGGGAGCCGCACAAAUUAUCUGUGGUAUGGACCAGACGCUCCAGGAGGGUGGUGUCCACCCCAAUGCAAUGGGAACCCACCCUUCAGAAUACAUACAAAGGGCUGGUGGUAUGGCCCGUUCCAGAGAACCAUCAAGUUGCCAUAACACUGUUCAAGGGAAGAUGCAAUGAGCUCGAAGAUAAGGAUUGGAGUUUUGUUAUUGAGGAUGUUUCGCCUGCUGGAAAACGGCGACAGCUUGCGGUCACCCAGAUUAACAUGGGGAAAUUCGCGAGCAUCGAUUCUACGCAGUAUCCGCUGCAGCUGAAUUUGAAACCGACGACGAAGAAAAUUACGAGUGCCAAAUUGGAGUGCACGUUGUCGUGCGUAUUUCUGCGCGAAGGAAAGGCGACCGAUGAAGACAUGCAGUCCAUGGCCUCGCUGAUGUCGGUGAACAAUAACAGCGAUAUUGCGCCGAUGGAGGAUUUCGAGGAUGAAGAUUUUUCGUUGAGCGAUAAUUCGAUGAAGAACAGCAUCCACGAGGUGACGCAACAGAUGCAGCUGAUGACGAACAGCUUGUCCGGUUCGGAUUUUGCUAGCACUCCAAUAAGCGUGAAUAGCAUACAGUCGUUAUCGCGGCAAGAUAAGACGCCCACUGCGGAAACGUUCUCGCCGAUAGUGGAGGAGGAUAAGCCGCAGCUGAAGUUGAAUAUUCCGGCGCCGAAAGAUGAUGACUUCCACGAAACGGAGACUGAUCCAUACUCGGAGCUGUUCGAGAAGCAACUCGAUAAUCUGGAGGAAGAGGUGACUUCUUCAUCAGCGUCGACGGUGCCAGUGGUAGCAGCGACGUCGGAGGAGAUUAGAAAUGUAGCGCCGGUGGUGAGGCCGAAGAGCGUUAGCUUGAAGUUGCAGCCUUUGGAGCUGAAGGAUCACAGCGAGAAGCUGACGACGCCCGGACAAGAUCUGCUCGAGUGGUGCAAGGACAUGACAAAGAACUAUCCUGGCGUGAAGGUGACGAAUCUGACGACAAGCUGGAGGAACGGUAUGGCCUUCUGCGCUCUCAUCCAUCACUUCAAACCUGAUUUAAUCGAUAUCGAUUCGUUGAACGCGCACGACGUUCGUGGUAACUGCAAGAAAGCAUUCGACGCCGGAGACGUGCUCGGAAUCGCUCGAGUUAUAGAACCUUCGGAUAUGGAUAUGCUCGCCGUUCCCGAUAAGCUUGCCGUUAUGACCUACCUGUAUCAGUUGAGAGCUCACUUUACCGGUCACGAGCUCGAGGUGCAGCAGAUCGGAAAGACUGCGGACGAGAGUAACUACGUGAUCGGUCGCUUCAACACGGAUAAAGAUACGGACGUAACCAUGCAGCUCUUCGGGCAAGAAAUCAUCAACUUGCGGAAAGCAAAGCAGAUGAACAAAUCGCUGGAUUCGGAGAGCGAGCAAGUAUCGAGCGCCGUCGACCAGAAGGCUAAUCUAUGGUUGCAAUUGAAAGUUCACACACCCAGUGAGCCUCCCGAAACCAAAGACAAGAAGGUCGUUGCAGUCGCGUCCCCUAUCAAGAAUCCGCAAAAGCCAUUGCUGAUGACGCGUCGUGAGUUGACCGAUCCUUUUGGCUCAGACGACGAGGAGGAAGAGUUGGAGGCUGAGACGACUGCGGAUGUUGGUCGACCAACCUCUCCUUCCGCCACUCAUCCGCCAUUGAACGGAGAUGCGGUCUUAGUUGAGGAUGUUGCCCCCAAGAACGCCUCCGAUUCCGCAGCCGAACUGCCAAAGCCGAAUUUAGUAAGUAGCCAAUUACUAACUCGCCACACGGAGCAAAGGGAGAGAGCCAGACAACUCUUAGAGCAAGUCAAAAGGGAUAACUCUGUUUCGCCUACAAGGUCUGAGGAGGAAAGGCAGGCUGAGCUGCUUGAGCGAGCGAGAAGAAUCAUCGCGGAGACGAGGAAAACCUCGACGCCCACGACGGAAAUUAUUAAAGCUAGUCCAGAUAAUGAGAAUCAGGCGAAGAGAUUGCCAGAAGCGAGGAUCGAAAAGCAAGCAAGCGGUGAUUCUGAGAGGAAUGGGAACAUUUCACCAAAAUCGCCGUGCAAAUUGAGUGCUGAAGAAACUGAUAAAUCUAGUCCAUUAAUCAGAGAACAAAUAACUCCUGAUAAGUUACCAGAAGAUUUGGGAUUAUCUGAGAUUGGUAUUGGUGUACAAAAUUGGAUCGACAACGAGCUGGAGGCUUUAGAACGUGAGCAGGGCUCCAUCGACAAAGAGGCGGCGACUUUGGAGAAGAAGCUGCGCGUUGUGAUGGAGUCGUCAGUAAGUAGUGUGGACGAAGAGGAGCAGCUGAUGGCGCGAUGGUUCACAUUGGUGAACAAGAAGAACGCGUUGCUUCGGAAGCAGAUGCAGCUGAACAUAUUGGAGAAGGAGAGCGACCUCGAGCGCAGAUACAAGAUGCUGAAUCACGAGCUGCAGAUAAGCAUGUCCAUUGAGGAUUGGCGCAAGACGGAGGAUCAGAGGGCGCGCGAGAAGGUGCUCAUCGAUGAACUAGUCCAAAUUGUAAAUAAGCGGGAUGAAUUGGUGCACCACUUGGAUAGUCAGGAGAAAGCCAUCGAGGAAGAUGAUUUGAUUGAACAAGAUUUAUCCCACAUGGAUCUACCGCCAAGGGACAAGUGCGUGAUACAAUGAAGAACCAAAACCAGGAAAUACCACCUUAACUCUGUAUUGAUCAAGAAAAAAAAACGUAUUCUUACAAGUUGUUAACUCACAGAUACACACACACACACCAUAACUAUUCACUUAAAACAGAAAGUAAUUUUAAAAGAAAAGACAGCUUUAAAUCAAUUUAUUAUCUCUCUUCGGAUUC